AUGGCUCGUACGCUCCUUACUCUCGUCUCGGCAGUGCCAGCAGUUCUGGCCCUUAACAAUGGCUUGGCACGCACCCCCCAGAUGGGCUGGAACACCUGGAACCAUUUUGGCUGCGGGAUCAGCCAGGAUACCAUUGAGAACUCGGCCAAAGCCCUCAUCUCCAACGGCUUGUACAAGUUAGGCUACGAAUAUGUCCUCGUCGACGACUGCUGGCAAGCUGAUGCUCGCGAUCCCAACACUGGCGCUCCCGUAGAGGACAAGAGCAAGUUCCCUGAUGGGAUCAAAGCCGUCGCAGACAAGAUACACUCCAUGGGCCUGAAGUUUGGCAUCUACAGCAGCGCGGGAACGUACACAUGCGGCGGCAAGUUCGGCUCCCUGGACUAUGAGGAAAUAGACGCGAAGACCUACGCUUCCUGGGGAGUCGACUACCUGAAGUAUGACAACUGCAACAACGAAGGCCGCGCAGGCACACCCCAAGUCUCAUACGAGCGCUAUAACAACAUGUCAAAGGCCCUGUUAGCGACGGGCCGUCCCAUUCUAUAUUCCAUGUGCAACUGGGGCGAGGAUGGGCCAUGGAGCUUCGCCGUUAACAUUGCGAACAGUUGGCGCAUCUCUGGAGAUAUCUACGAUAACUUCGACCGUUACGAUGACCGCUGUCCGUGUACAAGCGUGCUGGACUGCAAGUUGGCUGGCUUCCAUUGCGCUAUGUCUCGCAUCAUCGACUUUUCUGCUCCGCUCUUGCAGAAGUCGGGCAAGGGCCACUGGAACGAUCUCGACAUGCUCGAGGUCGGCAACGGUGGUAUGACCUACGACGAGUAUGUCACGCACUUCUCAAUGUGGGCCUUGGUGAAAAGCCCUCUCAUUCUCGGCAACGAGAUCACGAGCAUGUCGGAUGAAACAAAGCAGAUCAUCACCAACGACGCUAUCAUCGCUGUGAACCAAGACUCGAAUGGUUCGCCCGCCGGCCGUGUGUGGAAGAAGCCAGCGUCCCAGGGCGGCGACAUCCAACUCUGGUCAGGUAGCCUGUCUAACAACCAAUACGUCUUCGCGGUCUUGAACACUUCCCCUGUAAACCAGACGGUCGACAUCUCGUUCCUUGAUGUCUUCGUCGACCAAGGCAGGUCCUUCGGCUCCGGCACGUUCACGCUCUACGACCUUUGGCAAAAGGAUCCGUCCGGCAAGUGGGGCGCCCCGGUGGGCAACGCGCAAGGCACGUACUCCGUCUCGGUCGACACUCACGCCACUCGCGUCUUCAAGGUGGUCCCGGCUCCAUCGUCGAAACGGGAGUUAUGA